GGAAAAAAAGGUGUUAGAUAAGCGGUUGUUGUGUUUGUAAUGGUAAUGUCUGUUUGGGCUGAUGAAAAGUAUAUAUUUUUCGGAUUUUUCGUGUGUUUAGAUACUUAAUACGACUUGCAGUACAAUGGAAGCCGACUAUCAGCCACCGUUUAGUUCUGCAAGGGGCUUGACAGCGUCUCAUAAUGACCAUGAGGACCCGUACCCCAGUCUGUCAGACUACCAUGACUAUGAGCCAAACCUGGAGUUUGACGACACAGAGCUGCAACAUUCUGCGGUCGCCACGGAUGGAGCGACGCCGGAGGAGGAGGAGGAGGCGAGCGCGCUGGACUACCUGGAGUCGCCGGUGUCGGACGGCACCAUCGAGGAGAACUUCGAGGAGCAGCUGGUGGGCGCCCCGGUGGUGCCCACGGGCGAGGACAGCCUCGCCUACAGCUUCCCCGACGACGAGGAGGAGGAGGACUACCGUGACGCGGCCCGGCACGGCAUCGUGGACGUGGUGGGCGACGACGCCUACGGCCGCAAGGUGGUCGUGGUGUCUGCCUGCAAGCUGCCCGGCGGCAGGGAGCUGGACCACGCCCUGCUGCUCAGGUACCUGAUGUACACCCUGGACAAGUACGUGGAGCAGGACUACAGCCUGGUGUACUUCCACUACGGGCUCACCAGCAAGAACAAGCCCUCGCUCUCGUGGCUGUGGCAGGCGUACCGGGCCUUCGACCGCAAGUACAAGAAGAACCUCAAGGCCCUGUACCUGGUGCACCCCACCAACUUCAUCAGGGUCGUCUGGCAGAUAUUCCGCGCCGCCAUCAGUGCGAAGUUUGGACGUAAAAUCAUGUACGUAAAUUACCUCCACGAGCUGAAACAGCACCUAGACUUGGAUCAGCUCAACAUUCCUCAGCCUGUGUUGGAGCACGACGCCCGGCUGCUGCUGAAGAACAACCGGGUGGCGCCGCAGUCCCCCGCGGAGGCCCCCAGCGCCACCUUCCACGCUCCGCUGGAGACGCAGCAGUUCGGGGUGUCCCUGCAGUUCAUCAAGGACCACCACGGCGGCGAGGUGAUACCGCCCAUCGUCAGGCAGUGCGUGGAGUUCCUCAGCCAGCCGGACGCCCUGGAGACGGAGGGCCUGUUCCGGCGGUCGGCCAGCGUCGCGGUGCUGAAGGAGGUGCGCAGCCGGUGCAACCAGGGCCACCCGGUGGACCUGCAGGGAGACGUGCACCUGGCGGCCGUGCUGCUCAAGACCUUCCUGCGCGAGCUGGAGGAGCCGCUGCUCACCUUCGACCUGUACGACGAGGUCAACCAGUUCCAGAGUGUGUCCAAGGACGAGAGGCCGCGAUACGUGAAGAUCCUGAUUCUCGAGAAGCUUCCCGAGGACAACUACCAAGUCAUGAAGUACAUUUUCCAAUUCCUGUCGAAGGUGAUGGACCGCAGCGACCUGAACAAGAUGACGUCGUCCAACCUGGCGGUGGUGUUCGGCCCCAACCUGGUGUGGGCCCAGACGGGCCAGCUGUCCCUGUCCGCCAUCGCCCCCAUCAACAUGUUCACCGACUUCGUCCUCGUGCACCAGGACCAGAUCUUCAUCAUCUAGGCGGCGCGGCGCGGCGCGGCCGUGGACGGACUCGUGAGCGCUGCCGCAGUCGCCGAGCGGAUACCAAAGAUCGAAGGAACGGAAUCGAAUUGUACAUAGUCAUCCAUACCUUGAGUAGUCGUUAGUUAAUGCUGCACACGCAGGAUGUCACGGGAAGUAACAUCGAUGAUCGUGGCAAGGAAGAGGUAGUUCGGAAUCUGUGCAAAUUAUUUUGUAUGUAACAAAUAUUUUAUACGUUAGAGAUUAACGAGCACCGGGAGAUUGUGAACAGAAUUUGGUCUGCGAGUAGGAAAUUCCAAGAACACCUUAGAUGAAUGUUGAUGUUGCACAUUGCAAAUUUUUUUUUUAUUGAUGUAUGUGAUCUAUUUUUGUUAUUUAUUUUGGUGUGCUUAUAGCAUGCACACCACACUGUAUGUGGUGUUCCCCCUCCCCCCUCCUUCUCCACCAAAUAUUCUUGUUGAAAAUGAAAUGACUAGAAGGGAUUUAUGCCUCUUCGUUUGCCUAUUCUGUAUACACUCAUGCCUGUAAUAAUGCUCUUAUGUCUUGCUUUUGCUUAUACUGUUCUGUUGCUAGCUUUCUGAACUGCAGUUUUUUUUGUAGUUGUGCUCUGUUCCCUUCUCUUGUAGACACACAGGAAAGUCAUAAAAACCUGUUAAUAAGUUCACAGUUGUCAGUCAGCACUAAAAUUUUUAUAUUAGUGAUGAUGAGUAUUAACAACAAAUAAUAGCGCAAGAUUUAUGGUAGUCAGGUCUUUUGCAGGAUCAUGUAUUGCUAUAUUCACAUUGUGAAACAGUGGAAAUGAAUAAAAAUGACAAUUUUUAUAUAAAAUUUUUAAUAUGUUGGUUGUUGCAUGGCCUUAAUGGGUUAUGUGUGAAUUGCUUUUUUGAUAAGGUUCACUUCUACGUACCAACAUUAAAAGUCCUGUGAUUGAACAACUCAUUUACACAGGAAAACUGCUUCCAAUUAAUAUAUCAGCUUUAAGUCAAAUAGCACCAACAUAUUUAGUUUUGCAGUUAGAACUAAAUUUUUUAAGUCUAGUCACAUUUCCAAAAAUAAUACUUUUCUGUUCCUAACUACCUAAUGAAUUGCAAUUUAUUUUAAAAUGCAUAAAGUUAAAUGCAACACCUGCAUUGUGUAACUUUUUGUAAUGUUAGUAGUGCUAAUGCUUUAGUGAUGAAAUUAAUAAGAUUAGAAGAAUUCUAAUUUAAGAAUGUAUUAAGUAUAACGUGUCGUUCUCUUAGCUUUAUAUGCAGUAAUAAGUUGUAAUGAAUGACAUUAACUUUUUGUCCAAUAUGAAUCUCAAAUAUAAUUAAAGUACCUCAGAUUCAAUCUGUAUCUCAAGAGUUGGAAAUAAAAUAACAUAUGAACAGUACACAUAAAUAUAACUUUUGAAUAAACUGUUACAUAUCAUGAUCUGGCAAGGCAAUCUGAUAGUAACAAGACAAAUACUUGAAGCAAAGAUGAAAAUCCAAUGAAAGAGAAUAAUUUAAAUUUUGUUCAGGUCAGUUCAUCCUUUGAGUUCUAGGUUAUACGCUGAUUAAUGAAAGUAGUUCUUACAACUGUUCUUUUGAGAUAUUCUGAUAUAUAAUUUAACAAUGUACCACCACAGUUCCGAAGUUUUUUUAGAGGCAAAACAAACUUCAUCGCUCAAUCCAAACUGACUCUUUAACUGUGUAUAAUUUAAGAUCCGAGACAUGUCUUUGGGGGCGAUAUUAUUAUGCCUUGUGCUUAAUGCCGUUACCUGGGCUGAAUUCCUACUAACACAUUUCCAUAAUUGUGGAGGAUAGCCUGCAAGAUGUUUGGUAUGCACUAUAAGUACCUAUGUUAUAAGUAAAUAUUUUAAUUUGAUUUUGCACGUGAAAUAUUAGGAAUCGUGUGGUAAAUAUAUGUAUAUGUAUUUGCCAUGUGUCAACAGAGCUAUAAAUAUAGCCUUGGUAUGAUUGCUUUUUGAUUAAAAUUUUUAAGGGAUUAUUAUAUAUGCUUUAUCCGAGGUGUUUUAUUUCUUAAUAACGUGUUUAAUUCAUAAUAGCAGAGAGACCAAAUCCUGUUGUUCAUAUAAUUUAAUGAAUUGAAAUAUGUAACAUAAACAUUGCUAGCACUGACACUGUUUAACUAUAGUAUCUAAUUUUAAAUUGAGGAAAGCUUUAUAAAAACGUAUUUUUACGUUGGUUGUCCCAAACUUAAAGUUACAAUUGAUGUACUGUGAUUUGUAUUCGUGCAAUUGCUGUGUGAAUGUAUUCCCAAUUGAUGAUUGGCUGUGUCACAUUCCAUUGAUGGUUGGUUGUGUGCGUACGUUUAUUUAUUCACAUAAGCCCUGCCAUCACGUAAUACCAACAACUGAACUUGUACAUCAAGCGAUGCAAGCUUGCAUACCCCUGUGAGAUAUACGUUACUGCAAAUUAGAAAUGAGGUGGUCAUUUGCAGAGAUUAGGAAAGGAUACAGAUGGAGCAUUAGCCGUCAGACAUGAAGCCGUCCCCCCCUCCCCCCCAUUUUCUUCUUCUGAUUUUCACAUACCAAUAUUGUGGAUGUUUGUUUAUAUUUCAACUGUAAUAGCCUGCUUUUAUUAACAACUGUAGUUAUGCUGUUUGGAACAAUAUUAGAUCAAAAUAUUACUGGUUGAUACGUUUAUAUAUAUAUAAAAGUCCAAAAUGAAUCAUCAUGAUAUAAAUGUAAUGAUCUGAGUCGACAUUUUUCUCCAAUUCAACCUCCGGUACAGGUACAGCUGAUAGAUUUGUAAACAAACGGCCGCCAUUUUGGUACGUGUAGUACACAUUAAAUCCUUCUCCCCUUUUAGCUUCACCCCCCCUUGGCCAGAAUAUGACCUUAUGCUCCAUCUGUAUAUUUCCCUAGUCUCAGAGUCUUUUGGCCUUGCUGGGACUGCCAUAACCGCAAGAGAAGCAGUGGGCUACAGGAAGAACUGAAAUGUGUGCCAUCAUUUUUCCGUGUCGAGCGAUGGAUUCCUUACCUCGCUGGUGACAUGCUGAAGGCAUGGCGCGACUGCAUGGUUGCCAGAUCCUAGCACCAGCGGCCUUGCUGAUUGGUUGCUAUCGUCCGGAAUUUGCGUCUUAUGUUCUUUUACUGUGUCACGCAGUGUAAUGUCAUUAUGGCAGGUUAAGACUAAAUGCUCAUUCAAAUUUUUAAAUGUGUAGAACAUUUAAAAAAAAAUAUUCUCUACUUAAGAGCAUAAUCCUUGUGCCCUAAUGUUUUUGAUGAAAUUGUAGCAGGACGUAUGUGAGUAAACAUAGUACUUGUUUGUAAAGUGAAUGUGUAUUUUGUAUUGAUAAAAUAUUCUUUGUAUUUAACUGCACACAAUUUAGAAUCACUAUUUGUUAAAUUUGCUAUCUUUAUUUAUGUUUAGGCAUCAUGUAAUGCAUUUGGUAUUACAAUUUAUUUUGUAUUUUUGAUUUACGGACAGUGAUGUUAUUAAGAGAAAAUCCUGAACUGUUCAUGGUUCUCUUGCAUAAUAUUUUACAGUCAACAAUGAAACAUUUAACUUCUGUUUUAUGUAUUUAGACCUCUCAAGCUGCAAAAAGAAAUUUGGAAACCACAAUAAUAAAAUUAAUCCAAGAAUGUCAUCUAAAACAUUUUCUAGCCUGAAAUGCAUACAUCUCCUGUAUUUUUCAUUUUCCCUCUGCCUUUCUACGAACUCCUUUCAUCUUUAUUUUGGUCUCAUUUGGGGCUGUUGGUUUAUAUCUUUAGCCCUUGUUCUCAGUGGUAGGCUCAAAAUAUUUCGCUCUUAAUUACAACCUCCUUUAACAAAAUGUGUUCAUUCAUUGUCAGCUUGCUCGUGUCUUACAAGUGUGUAUUCUACUUACAUCUCCUUCUGUUAUUACAAUUUUGGUGAAUAAGUGAGUUGGUACAGGUAUGUACUAUCCGGUAUGUCUUGGAUAGCCAAAACCUGCUAGUCAGAAAACCCAGAUAAUCCGAACUGAAAUCAAAAAUUAUCAUUGAAUAACUCAGAUACAGUUUUUUAAGUGAACAAUAAAGCAAUUACAUCUACAGAUGUUUUUAGAUCAGUUUACAGUACAGAACAUAAUAAUGUACUGAAUACACUUCACUGGUUGUCCUUUUGCACAAAAUCAGUAACUUUGUGACAAUGUAUGUUGCAUGUUGUAAUGUAAUACUGUACUGAAAUUAAUUUAUGAUUUUCUGCUCUAUUUAAACUUAUAAAGAUUUAACAGUGAAUUAACCUUGGUUGUUUGUAUGUCACUUAUCUUACGUAUGAGAAAUUUUAAUGUUAAAACCACCACUGAGAAAAAUUGUUUUGCUGUUAACACUUAGCUGGUUGCAAAUAACCAUGUUUUAUUGCAUGAUCGUAGCACAUUUUAUGCUAAAAUAAAGUUUGAAAAGUAGGGGUGCGACGAUUAUGCGGGGGAAAAAAAUUUUGUUAGAUAAAAGUAUUCAUAAAAACAAAACCCAUUCAUGGAAAGCACGAUAUUUACAAAGUGAAGUAUAAAAGAGCACGCCAAACAAUUUAAUUUAAUGAGUAGGGCCUGGAAUUUUUCGCAAUCGCGAAUUUCGCAUGAAAACGCGAAAAGUAAGUACAUUCGCGAAAACCACAACAUUUCUAUAUUACACUGCGAAUAUAUUCCCGAAAAGUACCAUUACAGUAGAAUCCCGCCGAUGCGACCCCCCUCUGAUGCAUCCAUUCCGUUUAUAUGGCCGUUUUUUGAGAAAACAUGAAAAAUUUAAGCAGAGAAAGUCGAAAAUUUGAGUAAAAUCGGCUGAAAAACAAGUCUGUUACACUUUGUUGGGCUCUAUGCGUUCACGUUUAUCUUGGCGAGAGCUGUACUGUAAGCAGCCAGGCAUACAAAAGACGUCUAAAAAUAGAUACCACCCCUCUAGACUGUCCACGCGGCAGUGUCUAGACGAGCUCGGCGCCUCCACUAUCGCACGAAAAGCCGUCUCAGCUGUCAUGUUAUCUUACCCGCCCGGCGGCUUGACGUCAUACGUGACGUGACGCUUACCUCUCCCAUCCCCUGCUAAUUCUUCAAGGCUCAUCCCUCCCAGAGCCACAAACCAUGUAAAAACAACCCCCCCCCCCCUUUUUUUUUUUUUAACAGCUAACAUUUCAACACAUUCCCUCCCUUAUUUCAACCUUCUGCGUGAGAAACUGUCAGCCUGUUUUUUUUCCUCUUUUUUUUUACGCUGCAAAGGGACCUGGAAAAGAUAAUUGCUUGAGCUGUCAAAAUAAACAUCGCUGACGGCAAGGGCGGGAGCGCAUCCUGUCGGUCUGUCGCUGUGAUUAUCUACUCCAAAAACAUGUCACAGCAUUUCAGGAUAGCAUUGUUCUUAUUUCUUUCGUUUAUAGCCCAAUGUUUUCUACUUUAUCCACACAAGGUUAAAGUAUCCUUUAACCCAAGUCUUGUGUUUCAGCAUAAUUACCUUAUUUUUACAUAAGCCGUGUUCGUGUAUGGUUUUCAUGCUCAAAAUUGAUCUGGGGUAUAGUUCACACUAAGUUUCUUCUCAUUUGUGGGCUGGGGUUUGUUCAAGUGGCAACCCCGUGUUCCUCCACUCCAUUAAAUAUGAGCAUAUCAGUAUCAGAAACAUGGGUUUUAUUGUACUGACAAUAGCACAGUGAUGUGCAAAUUUUGCAACUGUAAAGUUUCAUGGGAUAGAAAAGAUUUCAUUGACAAACACCUAAAGUCGGCUAAGCAUGUGGCAUUGGCAGCCAAAAAAAAAAAAAAAAAAAAAAAAAAAAAAAAAAAAAAAAAAAAAAAAAAUUUGUAGUUGCAAACAUCUAUAGCAACGUGUCUGUUUUGUUAACUGUUUUGGAUUUAAUUGGCUGCUGUUAUUAUGCAUAUUAGCCUAUUCCUAGUAUACAUGGAUUGUUUAUUAAAUAUGUAAACUAUUAUAUUCAAUAACUGCACAAUUUAGUCAACAUUUAAAAUACCGGUAAAAUUUCCAUUGCAUAACGAAAAUACCGACUUUAAACCACCGCUUUUCUAAUUUGAAAGUACCGCUUUUUGCAUAUUGAAAACACCGAAAUUUUCCAGGCCCUAUUAAUGAGUCAUGCAACAAAAACCUUUCUUAAACUUUAAAUAGAAAAAUAAAAACUGUGAUCCAAAUGCAAGCCGAACGAACGCAUAACUACCGUAGUAAACACCACUACUGAGCGAGAUAUCAAAUGUAGUUAACACGGUUCCGCGUAGAGCGCGCACGUUGCAUGCAAUCAGCGAGAUAUUGAUAAUCGACUACGUGUGCGCACUCUAUACGGGAAGCAACAUAACCAAACAGUAAUGAUUGCAACGAGCACUGGCUACAUUUUUGUAAGCGGUACACUGCGGCGACGCAGACGAACAAUGAAGGUUAUAACGUUUAAAAAGUCUUUAAAAGAAAAUUUACACCUCGGACAGCUUCGUAUCUCCGUUAUUUAAAUAAGUACGCGGUAAUAUCUGAAUAAAUAUUAUAUUCAUACUUUAAAAUACAUGGUUUUAUACGGAAAAUAUACCUACACAAAGCGCUUGGCAUCUAAUAGCGGGACCAAAAACAUCAUGUGACGUUUACACAUGAGGUUUUUUUUAAUCCAAAUUUUGACGCCCUACAAUAUGGGUGUGACGAUUACGCACGCGCGACGAUUAUGUGAUAAAAGAGGGUAGUUUACUUGGGAUGAUGCAUGUUAAGACUACGUGCGCUAGCACUUAGCCAUCUUUUCAUUUUCACAUAUGCUUCACAGCGGCGAUGGAACAGAUAAAGAUUAUAACAUUUGAAAACUUGUUUAAAAGAGAAUUUACACAUUGGGAAACUUAUUUCCAUUAGUUAAAUAAGACUAUGGUAAUAUUUUAACGAAGAAUGGAUUUCAACUAAAAUAAGAACAUGGUUUAUACAGGAAACAGUUUUUGGAUAAUGUCGUAGGUGGAAAAAAAAUUAUGUACAUAUUAUGGAGAAAUUUGUGGGUACUGAAACAUGACUGUAUUGUGCGAGAAUGUCUUAAACAAUUUUACUGUAAUUACAAUAUUUUCCCAUUAUAACUACUUAUAUUAUUAACUAUUAUAGCAACUUGAAAACUGUCCUGUGAUCUUCCGAAGGGCAUGUUUACCACCUACACAAAAUGCUCGGAAUCUAACAGCGGGAUCAAAAUUAUCACGCAACUUUUAAGUGAAUACAUAUUUCGUCUUUUAAUUUUUGACGCCCUAAAAUAACAGUGCGACGGUUAUGCAAUAAAACAUGGUACCUACAUGGGAUCUUGAAUCAUCUAAACAGAGUAUGUAAUUUUUUUUGGAAGAAUUUUUCUUUCUGUUAGUUUUAUAUAUAUAUUUUUUAUUUCCUGCUUUUACUACCUUUAUUUGAUAAUGAAGUAUACAUACUGUUGUGUAACCAUUAUUCUACCUGCAGCAUCUAGUUUAGUUGUUAUUUUCAUAUAUUUUAUUUUUACUAAUAGCCUUUGGCUUUCACUGAAAUAUCAGCAAUGUAGAGUCAUGUGUUUAUUCAGUGUUAUGUAUGAUGUAUUUCAGUUUUGUGUGAUUUCAUGGUAUGUAUGGUGACUGUUGUGUACAUUGUAGAUAUGUAAUUAAACACUGUUCUGGUAACAGUCUCUUGAAUGUUUCUAAACAAAAAAAAAAAAAAAAAGAAAUUAAAUACAUAAUUCAUGUAAAUUUAUAACUAAUAGACUGAUGAACUAAUAUUUCUGGCACUAAUUCAAUAGUUUGUCUUCCCAAAGUUGUUUUAUUGAUACCUGCACAAUUUGUCAUUUGGCACAACACACGUUGUAAUUCUGCACCAGGUGGAUUAUUGUGAAAUAUUAUUGUAUGCUGCUGUUGUCUUGAAUGAUAAGAGGAGCAUUUUGUCUAUGGAAUUUUUUUUUUUCCCCGUAGAGUAUGUUGUAAGAGUUAAAUGAUUUGAGCAAGUUUAUAAAAUAUUGACGUUUUAAUGAAAAUGAAGUAAAUAACCCAGAACUAAA